AUGGACGUAGAGCUCUCAUUGGCCAUGGAGACUGCUGAAGAUCGCAAUGAACAGCGACGUUUAACAAGAAAUAAUCUUUCUCGAAAACAAACAAUUGUUAAUUUAAUGAAUGGUCUAUCAUCUUAUGUUAUUCCAAAAGCAAAAAAUUUCGCUGAGUGUGACGUUUCAAGUAGUGAGAUACUAAGUUUAUCAGAAACAAUGCAUACAUUUCAUGGCAAUUAUGACAUUGAUUUUGAUCUUAUUUCAGCAGCAGAUUGUAUUGGAAAUGCAGAAACCGAUGAUUUAGAUGAUGAUCAAUCAGAUGAUAAUUUUAAUUUAAUAAAUGAACUUCUUUUAUCAAAUAAUAAACAAGUUUCUUUACCUCUUCAUUCAUACACUGACAUAUCCACGAAGGAGUUUUGCACAAAUGUUCUUCGUGCUUUUCGACAAACAAACUUAUGUAAAACAUAUUCAACCAAUAUGUUGAAAUUAAUCGAUUCGGUCGAGAAUUUAUUUACAAAAAGAAAAGUAUGUUUAUCAUGUCAAUUUGAUAUUGAAUAUUCAGCUACAUCCUGUUUCAAAUGUGUAUCAAAUGAAAAAACACAAUUUGCGAACAUCUAUGAUAUUGAUUAUGCUAUAGUAUUUAGUGGAAUAGUCGAACGACAUAUUGUUGAUAUAGCUAAAUAUCGUGAAAAGAUAUUAAGUGAAAAAUAUGAUAAUAUAAAUAACGAUAUUUCAUUUCAGAAGAUUUACCGUUCUUUUUUAAACACUACCGUUCAUCAACCAUUUAUUAGCACUUUAAUUCACCUUGAUGGUAUCCCAUUGGAUACCUCAACAAAAUUAACAUUGUGGCUUCUCUCUUGUUCCAUAUUAGAAUUACCACCUCAUCUACGUAAUCAAAGACAAAAUAUGAUUAUCCUUUCGAUGUGGGUUGGAACUCGACAACCAAUUAUUAAAAUUUGGUUACGUGAAUGUAUUCCAAGUUUAAAUAAACUAAAGUCAUCAGGUUUCUCAAUUCGUGGUGGUGAACAAUGGUUUGUUUACUUUCUUGGAUUAAUCGGUGAUUGUCCAGCUAUUAAACUCGCAUUGAAUCAUAUUGGUAACAAUGGUUAUUACUCCUGCUGGUAUUGUAAAAUUGAAGGUGUUCAUAUGUGUAAUAAGCGACAGUAUCAUUAUGAAGAAGUACCAACUAUGAGAAGCAUUAACAGCUAUAGAAGUGAAUCAAAAGAAGCUGAAGUAAAAGGUGAAAAUAUAAAUGGUCAUUUAGGUUUAUCAUUUUUUCAUGAGAUACUUGAUAUACCACUUCCACAUUCGAUUUUAAUGGACUACAUGCAUAUUACAUUGCUGAGACACACUCGGAGUGUUGUUCUACAAAUCUAUGAAAGUAUUGUACCAAAAAAAAGAUCAGAAAUUGAUGAUCAAUUAAAGUUUCAACAAUUUCCACAUACAUUCAAUAGGAAAUUGAAACCUAUCAAGUCGGGACAUAUGAAAGCAUCAGAAAUAAAAAAUCUAUUGCUAUAUGGUUUAGUACCUAUAUUUUAUCAACAUCUUCAAGUCGAUAAAGCUGCUCAUAUUGCUCUUUUCGUUUGUGCUAUUCGUAUGCUUCAUGGUCCAAAAUUAUUUGGACAUGAAACUGGUCUUUUAGCUCAUGAUUUACUAUCAAUAUACUAUAAAGAUCAUUGUAAACAUUAUUAUAAUCUAGAAAAUUUAAUUGAUUUUGCUUUACAAAAAAUAAUCAAUCAACAGGAAGUUGAUAAUGUUAAACGUAAUGAAGGAGCUUUUGAUAUAACACGCUUAUCAAUCAAUAAUAUAGACGAGCUUCUGUCGUGGCAUAAACGUGUAUGCGAUUGCAAUCAAAUUGCAACGUGUAUCAUUAUCUAUCAUCGUUGUGUAAUUAAAAGUCAAACAUAUCAUUCUCUUUCUUAUCCAAAACGACAAUCAACUAACAGUUAUUUCGUAAAGUACACUAAUGAUCGUCGUGAUACACUAUUCGGAGCAAUUGAACUUUUUUUUACAUAUAAAGAUUCUACUUUGGCGCUUAUUAAUAAUUAUCCAAAUGAACAUCUAUUUUCCGAUGUCUUUGCUUCUUCUUCUUACCAUUCAUCCUUAUCAAAAUAUAUCAAUACGUACUUUUAUUUACUUCAAGCAAAACCAUCAUCAUUUCAUUAUGUACCAAUUCAUAAAAUAUUAAACAUAUGUGUUGUAUUUGAAAAGGACGAUUUUAUCAUUGUAACUCCUAUUUCUCAAGCCUAUGAACAUGAUUAA